AUAUGAAAAUUUGAAUUUAGUAAUGUCACAGAUUAAGUAAUGUUAGGUUAACUUCAACAAUAUUUCAAAAAUGAAUGUUAUACAUUCAGAAGUAGUUUAUAAUUAUUCAACUUUGUCAAACGUUAAUAACCUCAUUGAAUAAAUUCCCAGACUUCCACCGACUCGAUUUAUAAUUGAAUCCAAUUUCAAAAAUGAAGAUGUUAUUGUUGAAUAUAUUAGAGGACACAAAUUUCUAUUAUUUUGGACAAUAUUCAGUGAGAAAAAAAGGAACAGAGAAAAAAGAAUUGAAAACUAAUAUAAAAAACGGUCGAUUUGUUUAUAUUGAUUGUGCCUUUUUCCAUUAUUUACUGAAAGAAUUAUUGAUUAGUAAAUUUUAUAGAUUGAAUUUUCUAUAUUUCUGGAAUGUUGAAAGUAAUGGAAGUCUUGAGAUAGUUUUGCAACCAACCAAGUAUGAUCUGAUAGACUACAAUUGGAAUGAGAGGAUUUAUCAGAUGGUUAGAGAAAAAUGUGAGCUGGAUAAUGCCCUAUCUUGGUUAUCCACAUUAGGAGGUGCUUUCUCAGCUUUAGGUGACUAUUUCCCAAACUGUGCUCACACUGCAGGAAAAAUUUCUUUUCAUCAACUGUACCUUGCGCUUCGAUUAGGUGAUCCAAAUAUUGUAUCAAGAUGUCAGUUAUACUUCAGCCUUAGUCUAAUUCAACAAAAAAGAUAUAAAACUGCACGCAGGAUUAUAAGUAAAGAAUAUCAAAAUGCGAAAAAUGCUACUAUAGUUGAUAAUAGAUUGUUGAAUAUGUGUAAAGGUAUAUGGUCUAAGAUGCAGUACGAAUAUAAUUUGUAUAAAAGAUCUAGGACAAAAUGAUAAUAUUUAAGUAAAAUUGUACAAAAUCUCUAAAUAUAAAAUUGUAGAAAGUAGUUGAAACUAGUCUCAGAUUGAAAGGGGUAUAUUUUUAGGAGAGAUUAAUUUUCAUAUAAAAAUGGAAAAGUAGAAA